AUGGCGCAUCUCAUGUCCCUGCGCGAUCGACAGGUCGGUAGGUGGCCGCAUACUCUUCCCCGCGAUCUGGCGAAUGGAACCGCUCAACAGCUGACUGAACCCCGACCUGAAAUAGCUUCGAUCCAGAAACUGCUUAACUUAAAUCAUGACCCAAAGCCUGCAGAUGAUAUCGCUCACGAUCCAGCAACGCAUAAUGGUCUUAUUCCUCAAAGUACUCCCAUUUUGAACGAGGAUGGUGAUCCGAUCUGGAAAGUGUUGGUGUUUGACGGCAUGGGCAGAGAUGUCAUCAGCAGUGUCCUGCGAGUAAACGAUCUUCGGACGUGGGGAGUGACAAUUCACUUGUACAAUCUCCUUCCCCUUGUCUAUCUGAUAGAGCCCAACGAGACCAAUAUACAGGCCAUCACACGCGACCUCACACAAGGCCUCUACUCCCCAGCCUAUGUGAACUUUCUCUCCUCCGUGCCCCGUCCACUUCUCGAAGAUUUCGCUUCACAAAUAGCUUCCUCCGGGGCGUCGGAGCACAUUGCCCAGGUCUACGAUCAGUAUCUCAACUUCAUAGUUGCCGAACCAGACCUUUUCAGCCUGGGCCUUGGCAAUGAUGCGUACUACAAGAUAAACAGUGGGAAGACAAGUGAUGAUGAUCUGGACACUAUUGUCGACAAAGUUGUCAGUGGCUUAUUCAGUGUGAGCGUAACAAUGGGUACAAUUCCGAUCAUUCGGUGCCCUAAGGGAGGUGCAGCGGAACUGAUCGCUACAAAGCUGGACCGAAAGCUUCGCGACCACAUCCUCAAUUCAAAGGACAACUUGUUUUCUGGAAACCAGCGAACAGUACCUGGGGUCCCUUCUUCUAGGCCAGUUCUGAUCGUCAUGGACCGUAAUGUCGACUUGGUUCCUAUGCUCUCACACUCCUGGACAUACCAGUCGCUGGUGCAGGAUGUUCUGCAAAUGCGUCUGAAUAGAAUCACUUUGGACGCAGAUGAGCAAGCGCCCGGUAAAGUCACCAAGAAAUCUUACGACCUGAACAGCAACGACUUUUUCUGGCAGCGUAAUGCUGGAGUACCCUUCCCUCAGGUUGCGGAGGAUAUUGACGCAGAAUUGACUCGGUACAAAGAGGAUGCGAACGAAAUUACCAAGAAAACGGGAGCAUCCUCCAUCGAAGAUCUUCAGAACGAUACUAGCGCAUCCGCACAGCACUUGAAGGCCGCUAUCACCCUUCUUCCUGAAUUGCGGGAGCGUAAGGCGGUACUCGAUAUGCAUAUGAACAUUGCUACUGCCCUGCUCAAAGGCAUCAAGGACCGUCAGCUGGAUAAUUUCUUUGAACUGGAAGAAAAUAUCACGAAACAAUCCAAGACACAGCUGCUGGAGUUGAUCAACGACAACGCCAAGGGUAGCAACCCCCUUGAUAAACUGCGUAUUUUCUUGAUCUGGUUCCUGAGUACAGAGACUGAGCUGAGUCGGGCCGAGAUGACUCAAUUUGAAGAGGCUUUGUCAAAGGCCGGGGUUGAGGAUGUUUCACCUCUGGCCUAUGUUCGGCAGGUCCGCGAAAUUACUCGGAUGACCAUGAUGACCACCGCUGCUCCUGAACAACAAUCUUCCGACCUGUUCCGGGGGUUCUCUUCACUUUCUAAUCGUCUAACUGACCGCAUCACCUCGGGUGCAUUGGGUGCCAAUUUCGAUUCCCUCAUCUCAGGCGUGAAGAACUUCCUGCCUGCAAACAAGGAUCUCACUGUGACAAAGAUCACCGAGUCCAUCAUGGAUCCCACUACAGCGUCAAGCUCUGCCAUCGCCAAAACUGAGAAUUACCUGUACUUUGAUCCACGCAGUGCGAACGCACGCGGUGCCAUGCCCCCUGCAUCGACAUCGCGCAAUGCGCAGACCGCUGGGGGCAUGGGUGCGACUGCGCCUGGAAUCAACGCUACAUUUGGACAACGCCGUCAAGCUUUCAAUGAGGCGAUCGUCUUUACAGUGGGUGGUGGAAGUAUGGAUGAAUACGGAAAUCUGCAGGAUUGGGUCAAGCGGACAAGCGGCCAGUCUGGUGCAGAUGGUGCUCCAUCCGCUAACCGUCAUACCGGUCGUCGUCGGGUCGUCUAUGGUAGUACCGACUUGAUGAAUGCGACCGAGUUCCUCAGAGACUCCUUAGCUCCUCUUGGCCGUGAGAGCUAG